GCACCACACCACCCUCUACAGCGUCUACAGCGCCGACAACAUAACGCACGCUAUUACACGUCUCACGUCUACCGGAAUGUAAAUAUUUAUGGAUGUCAGUUUUCAGUUGUUUAGAUUGGCUGUGAAUUUUAAGGUGAAAAUGAAAUCGACAAGGCGUGUUCGGGUACAUGAAGAUGCUAUACGCCAUAGUGAGUGUAAGAGUGGCGGCGACCGGCUGGCGACGCCGCGGAUGUCGCUACUUGGCAAACCGCUCAGCUACCGCGCCACGCGACGCGACGCGCGCUACCGCCGCCUUCAGUCCAAGUUCUACAAUUUCCUUGAACGGCCUAGAGGUGUUAAAGCUGUUCUUUAUCAUAUGAUCGUAUUUCUGAUGGUGUUCAUGUGUUUAUCGCUGUCAGUUUUCUCAACAAUCGAAGAAUACGAAGCAAAAGCAGGAAUUGUCCUUUUCUACAUGGAGACAGUAGUUGUAAUUUGGUUCGCUAUCGAAUUCUUUUUAAGGUUAUGGUCGUCAGGAUGCAGAUCCCGGUAUCAAGGCUCAAUAGGUCGCCUCAAAUUUUUGAGGCGACCGUUUUGUAUUAUAGAUGUAACAACAAUAUUGGCAUCGGUAGUGGUGCUGGGUAUGGGUUCAUCGGGGCAGGUGUUCGCCGCGUCUGCUCUGCGUGGACUGCGAUUCUUCCAAAUUUUGCGCAUGGUGCGCAUGGACCGACGCGGCGGCACUUGGAAACUCCUCGGCUCCGUAGUGUACGCACAUCGACAGGAAUUAAUAACAACGUUAUACAUUGGGUUUCUUGGGCUGAUAUUCGCCUCAUUUUUGGUAUACUUAGCUGAGAAAGACGUUGCAGACACAAAGUUCAAAAAUUUUGCCGAGGCUUUGUGGUGGGGUGUGAUCACGCUGUGCACGGUGGGGUACGGCGACAUGGUGCCGCAGACCUGGCAGGGCAAGUUCAUAGCUUCGUUCUGCGCACUGCUUGGGAUCUCUUUCUUCGCGCUGCCCGCCGGAAUACUGGGCUCUGGUUUUGCGCUCAAAGUUCAACAGCAGCAACGUCAGAAGCACAUGAUUCGGCGACGUCAACCGGCUGCCACGCUCAUCCAAGCUCUGUGGCGGUGCUACGCCGCCGACGAGCACUCCAUGAGUGUGGCCACUUGGAAAAUACACCAAGUGCCACUUCCCAGUCCGCAGGCCAGUCGAGUGAUGAGUGCGUCGUUCAAGAACAAUGCAUCCUUUGUGUCGCGCCUGCCGACUAUCCGUCGCCACAAGAGUACGUCCCUGCACUCUCCAGCGCCGCACUCCAAGCCCGCGCACAGAUACGACGUCAAUGCCAGCGCAGAAAAUCUUGAUGAAGACGAGGAGCCGCGCUGUGUCACUUUGACGUCGCGCCACAAAGCCGCCAUACGAUUUAUAAGAAAGCUCAAGUAUUUUGUCGCACGCAAGAGAUUUAGAGAAGCAUUGAAACCGUACGACGUGAAAGAUGUGAUAGAGCAAUAUUCGUCGGGACACGCGGACCUGCUAAACAGAACCAAGAACCUGCAGUACAGGUUAGACCAAAUACUUGGGAAACAAGGAUCCAAAGCUAAAGAUGUCUAUGCAUCGAAAAUCAGCCUAGCUUCCAGAGUAGUUAAAAUUGAAAGACAAGUAGAUGAUAUAGAAAGUAAGUUGGAUCAUUUAUUAGAAAUGUAUAAAGAGGACAGAGGUGUGCCUCGGAGACUAAUAGGCAGUAGUGCCAACGGAGGAGGAGAGGGCGGUCCGUCCGGAGAAGGGGGAGUGUUGUUGAGAAACAGGCCGGCGCUGACAGACAAGCAGUGUUCUGAGCCCAACUCGCCGGUGUCACGCACCUUCGAGCCGCCUCCGACCACGGCUGCGCCCCUCGUGCCCUACAAACGGCCUAUGAACCGAGGGUACUCGGACUUGGGUAGCAGAUUUAUGAAAAAAAAAGUGAUUGUGAAGACGGCAAGUUCAAGUCGCAACGGUGAUUCCCCUAGAGACGAUGAAGUAGUUAUCGUAGUGCCGGACAGAGAGGUCACACCGCCCCGACUCGUCACUGAUAGCUCAGAAGUUUGCGCCAGCUGUUCGGCCGGCGCGGAAACAGAACCUCGGUCUGUGAGCUCGGGGUCUGCGUCCUGGUGCGAAGGUGACGCCGCCGAGGAGCGUGGCUACGGGUCCGGAGACUCUCUAGCAGAAGACGCCGCACUGCUCGGCGACGCAGCACAAGCUUCACAACCCCGCAUGAUGCGCAACCAACGCCGGGACGUAGCUGUCGACCUUCACCUCUUACGGCCAGAUGUCUGAGACUUACUAUUCAAUAUUUCAUCUUGGCGAAAAAGGCUUUCCAUUAAUUAUCUACCUACCACCAUUAUAAUUGUAAAUAAAUAACGUCGCACAAUAUUGACUUGACACUACGCUGUCCAUUCACAUAAUUUCUUUAUUGAUAGGUGCUUGUAAUGAGAAAAUGAGCAAUGAUAGUUUAGGUAAACGAGUAGAUAGUUUAUAAGGCGUCUUGUGCAACUCCAAUGAAUAAAGUAUACAACGAGUUGAUGUUGUGAUAAUCACUUCCACUCGAUUAUGUAUAAAGACCAAUGGACUCUCGAGCCGAGUACGUAGGUACCUAAUGUUUAUUAUUACGCUUACAUUGUUUAAUUAAAUACCUAUUGCUUUAAAAGAUAUAAAAAUUACGAUGGUAUAAAUAGAAAAUCUUUACUUUAUAAAAAUGUACCAUAAUUGUUAAGUUGUACAUAUUUUUGUAAUAAGUUGUUUAAUAAUUAUUAAACUUAGAUCAAUAAUGUAUAGUUAUUUAGGAAAUGUUACUCGCGAAUGAAAACCAGAUACCUAAAGCAUCGAUCUUGAUAGCUAGGCUAGAUAUUGUAUUAUGCCUAAAACUAACAUUUAUACAUACUACUAGACAUUUUUUAAAUGUAAACAUCCAGGAUUAGGUGUGACGUUUGCAAAUAAUCUAGGAAAUAUGAAUUAUUAUAAUAUUUCUACAAAUAAAUAAGUAGGUAAUUUUAAAUAAUAACAUAAUUGACAAAGAAACUGUGAUAGAUAUUCAGUUUUGCCAUCACGCCUAACAAAACAGACUAUACAUAGAUGAUAGAAGCCACCUCAGAGCAGAUUUCAGCAAGUACUAUUGUAAAAGUAGUCCGAUCUGUAGGUCGACGCCGUGCGUGCUAUCGUAUCUGUUUUUAAUUUAUUGGUAAAGUCCUACUCUUGAACCAAUUUUGAAAUUUUGGAACAUGUUUCUUAAUAAAAGCAGGGUAAACUAUUGCCUGAAAAUCAAAUGAAUAAAUAAUAAGAUUAUAAAUAUAUGUAUUUAUGUAUGUUUAAAACAUCCAUAUUUAGAACGAUGUUUCAGUCGGUCAGACUUAAAUUGUCAUGGCUGAUGCUGUUCACAAUAUUGAAUGAUUACAGAAAAUGUUGUAAGAAUGAAAAAUGUUUUUAGCCUAUGUUGUAGAUAUAUUCGGAAAAAGCUUUCAACGUCAUCAGAUGUGGCUUUAUCAGUAUUUUAAUAAUAACAUCCAUAAUGAUUCAUUGAGUAAUGAAUAAUCGUAUCCAGAAGCACAUUAAUUUGUAGGCGAGAAAAUUCAUCAGUCAGUAAAAUAAUAAAUACAAUGGGACCUACUAAUUGCCUAACUGUUUAGAUCUAUGAAUUGUGAUAUGUUUAUGAAUUACUUACAUACCUAAGUCAAUUUACACUAUAUAUAAAUCGAAAUAAUACCAAAUUACUACAGGCAAUCAACUGUUUAAAAAGAUAUGAAUAUUACUGUGAGCGUUCUAACGAUGAAAUGUUUUGGAUCAUGUUUAAAGUAAUAACAUUAUUAUGAAUUCAAUUAAAAAAGGCAUUUAUUUAUUUUAUGUUAUUGUUUAAAAGUACGCCUAGGUACUCUGUUUAAUUAAUGUCUUCUCCAAAAAUUUAGUAACGGAUACACGUGUAGAGAGAAGAUAACGUUUUUACAAUUUUUGCCAUUUUUUAAACUCAAAAUAAUAUGAUUAUACCUAUUAAAUAAUUUAAUUGGUACAACACGUAUCAUCAGAUUGUGAAUUACAGGAUCUUCUACACAAUAUAUUUAUAACUAACUACACUUAAUCAUAUUUUAGUAAAUGAAAACGAAUACAAACCUAAUUUAGAAUGUUCACAGUAAUAUAAAUAAGUACAACAAGAAUAAUUGUUGCCGGGAUAUGGCCUAACAAAUCUUAAAAUGCCGAACAUAUCUAGACCUUAAGCACGUACCUACUAACCCUUCGCUUGUCAAAUACAAUGAUCGAAACCAAUUAAUUCGUUUUAAUAAAUAAAUCGACACAAGUAGUAACGAG